AACCUCAAGGGCACUAGAUCUGCUACACUCACUCUGCCCUGCCAGGGAAGGAAUAUGGGAGUUGUGUCAGCAACCGCUGGGUGGAUCCAACAGUCAGCUCCUUACAAUCACAAGGGUUGACUGCAUCUUUGCGAGUGAAAUUCCGGAGGAAGUGAGGACAGACAGCCGCAUCUACCUAUUCCGUUCUGCAACAUCGUGUGUGCAAUGUCCUGCUUUUAAAAUGAGUCCUGCCACACAGAGGGAACUAAUCUGAGAAGAUAAGCAAACAGCAUAUUGAUCCUGCCAGGUCAUAUAGGAGGAGAAACACCCUUUCCCUAAGGAGCCACAGCCAGCAUGACAGAGGAGGAAAUGGAAGAUAGCGGUCUCGAAAUCGGACUUUUUUACUACGUGUUGAUGUGGUUUGUCAUCUGCUUCGUCUGGUGGAAAUGGAGAGCAGGGCAGAAGUUAAAAGAUAUGUACCUUGUAGGGAAAUAUGUGUUCAUCACCGGCUGUGACUCUGGAUUUGGAAAGCGGGCAGCCAAAACCUUCGAUAAGAAAGGGUUUCAAGUGAUUGCUGCCUGCCAGACUCAACAGGGAGCCGCAGAGCUGAAAGCAGAGACUUCCAGGCACCUCCACGCUGUGCUACUGGACGUGACAAACACAGAGAACAUCAAAUCAGUUACGGAAUAUGUUAAGAAAGAAGUAGGGGAUAAAGGUCUGUGGGGCCUGAUCAAUAAUGCAGGAAUUAUGGGAGUAUCAGCACCAACUGACUGGCUGACCAUCGAGCACUAUAAAGCACCGAUUGAUGUUAAUCUAAUAGGCCUCAUCAAUGUUACUAUACACAUGCUGCCAUUGGUGAAGAUGGCAAAGGGAAGGAUAAUAAACGUAACCAGUGUUGGAGGUGUUCUACCAAUAUGCUCAGGUGGUUAUUGUCCAUCCAAAUAUGGGGCAGAAGCAUUCACCGACAGUUUAAGACAGGACAUGAAACCAUUUGGAGUGAAUGUUUCUUGCAUUGAGCCAGGGCUGUUUAAAACAGGGCUUUCUGACAGAGACAUGGUCAUGAGACAAAAAAUGGCUGUUUGGGACACUCUUCCUCAAACUAUACAAAAGCAGUAUGGUGAAAAAUACUUAAAGGAAGAUGCAGUAAAGAAGGAGAAACUAGUGAAGCUGUGUCAGAAUACAGACCUCUCAUUGGUUGUGAAUUGCAUGGAACAUGCCUUAAUGAGCAAAUAUCCAAAGGCCCGGUACAGUGCAGGCAUGGAUGCUAAGAUUCUUUGGCUACCACUUUCAAAAAUGCCAUCGUUUGUUCAGGACUUUGUACUCAUGAAGAACAAAGUUCAGCUACUUGACCCAAAAGCUGUGUAAAAUUGCAUCCGAAAAAACUCCAGUUCGUGCUUUUUCAAGCUGUGCAUACCAAACAAUGCAGAUGAAUACAUCUGUGUUCACAGGUGAUCAAGCAUCCAGAGAUGUUGGCAAUAAUUGCUUCUCUUUUCUUGUUUACCCCUUAUGACAAAGCAGUUGUCAUAAGGACUGCUUUGCCCAGUGGUAGUGAAGGCAGAUCUAGAUGACUCAGGCUUAGCAUUUGCCAACUCAAAUAAAUCUUAGUGAAUCGACCAGUCAAAUAUUGUUCGAGUAAUAGUUUGAAAUUAUCAGUUUGUCAGAACGUUGUCAAAGUACACAGAUAAUUAUGCCCGUUGCAAAUACUACAACCUGUUAACAGAGCUCAGUUCCUCCUAAGAGCUCUACCCAACACCAUGGAGGUAUCUCUUUCUCCUCCCACAGAAAAUACUAUUGACUUCCCAGGAACUUACGAGUUAUCCCAUUUUUCCUUAACAAACAUUUUCUAGUGCUAAAUGCCUCUGAGCAUAUUUCGGCUCUCUUUUCUUCCCAAAGGCAAUAGAUCUUUUGGGGGGAUAGCUUCCAAGGGCCCCUGAGCAUGUAUAGAACAUUUUUCCUUUCUGAAGAAUAUGUUACCUCACGUAUCUGAAGACUGGAAGCGCAUAUCCUAUGCCCCACCCCCAGGCUGUUUGGCUAGGGUGGUCUAUGGGGAAGCUAGUAUAUGUGUGCCAACUCCUUCCUGAAUGAGUGGCUGGGCUGGCCGGCCCAUGAGGCAAGCUGAGACUCCCAAAUCAGUGGCCAAAUGUCCUGGGCCGGCCCUAGUGAGCAAUGAGUGAUCCUGACUCUUGCAAAGCUGGUGAGUGAGGCAUCCUUACUUCUCCCACCGCUACGCCAUGGUUUGGGGGGGGGGGAAGGUAGGUUGCCACUUCCAGAAGGGAGCUCAUGACAUAUUUGGCUAUGGCUGGAUGGUGUCAACUGACACAAUGCAACUGGUCACAACCCCAUGUUAUGUGUGCUGGCUGAAAAUGUGUUGUGUGACAGAAUGCUGGUGUGAAACAGCUACUUGCUGUUUGAACUGUGGCACCACAGUCAUCUGCCAUAGCCAGAUAAAUCAGAAUGCAUUGCCCACCAAAAGAAAGAGAGAAAGAGCACUUGCUAAAUACCACCUUCUAGUUAGCAUCUUCUACCUUGUAGAUAGGGACGUGGGUGACGCUGUGGGUUAAACCACAGAGCCUAGGAAU